AUGGCCGAAACCAAGCACCAACGUACCGAGCCUCAGUAUGAGUUGCUCUAUCAUCCGAGUAUUCCUGGCAGAGGCGAAUUUGUUCGCUUGAUGUUCGAGGCAGCAGGUGUCAGCUAUGCCGAUGUUGCAAACGACAAUCCACCAGACGACUCCGGUCCUAAUGGAUAUGGCCUUGUACAAGCCAUCUCGAGCCCUGAUAGCACUGGAGAUGAUGAUGGCAACCCGCCUGCUUUUGCACCACCUGCUCUGCGUAUACGUGGAGCUGGAAAGGAUGGGAAGGCUCUUGUGAUUCAUCAGACACCCAACCUUUUGCUAUACCUGGGAGGUCCCCUCAAGCUCGCUGGUUCGGAUGAACCGGAAAAGUAUUAUGUCAAUCAGCUCGCUUUGACGGCACUUGACCUCAACAACGAGACACACGACACGCAUCACCCCGUUGCGGUGGCCAAGUAUUACGAAGACCAAAAGGAUGAGGCUCUAAAGAAAGCAACCGACUUCCGCGAGAAUCGCUUACCCAAGUUCCUCAGCUACUUCGAGCGCGUGCUCAAACACAACCAAGCAUCGGGUAAAGGCAAAUAUCUUGUAGGCGAGUCUUUAACAUACGCAGAUCUCACCUUGUGGCAGGUCAUCGAUGGUCUGAAGUUUGCUUUCCCGAAUGAGAUGAGACACAGAAGCUCGGAGUCUCCCCUGCUGUUCGACCACUUCUAUCCGAGCUUGAAGAAUGAGGCUUGGAUGAAGAAGUACCUGAACAGUAAGAGAAGAAAGCCUUACUCUAUGGGUGUCUUUCGACACUAUCCUGAGCUUGAUCGUCAGUGA